AUGACUGAGAUAAAAUUCAAACACAAUCAUGUUUUAUUAUAUAGAUGUUUAAAAAGUUUUCAGAGAACUAGAUUAGUGAAACAUCGGAGAGUAUUAAGAGCUAUACCCAAACACUUUCCACAACCACUUGUCAAUGUUUUAGCUGGAAAUGUGAUAAAUAAGUUUUUAGAUGAUCCUGAUUUGUGUGAAGAUAGACUCUCAGAAGAGGCCGGAUCUAAUGGGUUUCUUGAUGCCAUUACAAAGAUACUAUUUUCUGAUUCCGGAAGCCUCAAACAACAAAAGGCAUUAUCUGCAGGGAGUUCUGAGCCAUAUUUGGAGGUUUAUUGCAACUUGUAUUAUCUCCUUGCUCUGCCUAAAGAAAUGAGUGCAACUGAUAAAUGGGUUGGCUUUGUAAUCAUCACCAAGGAAAGGGAAGAAUUCGUGGAGCAAAAUGCGAAUCUCUUUAAAUAUGAUUUACUAUUCAAUCCUCUACGCUUUGAGAGUUGGCAGCGACUUGCGAAUAUUUAUGAUGAGGAGGUGGACUUACUACUAAAUGAUGGCAGUAAGCAAAUAAAUGUAUUAGGAUGGAGGAAAAAUGCUACUUUACCUCAGAGAGUUGAGGCAAGUUGAAGAAGGAGC